UCCAAUCACUCCCUCGUAAAAGAUCCUUGUCCCUUUUUUUCUUUUAUGCUUUUGCUUAUAAAAUAGCCCUUCGGUUUCUUUCUGAUUGAAUGGCGAUGGAGGAUAACGAGAGCCGAGCCAGCGGAGUGCAGGAAACAUCGUCGUCCCCCGCUCAAAACCGGCAACAGAGACAAAAACUUGAAGUGUACAAUGAGGUUCUUCGUCGCCUCAAGGAUUCCAGCAACGACGAGGCUAUGCAGCCUGGCUUCCACCAUCGGCUCUGGGCUCAUUUCAACCGCCUUCCGACACGUUAUGCGUUGGAUGUGAAUGUGGAAAGGGCUGCCGAUGUUCUGAUGCACAAGAGAUUACUGCAUUUGGCACAUGAUCCUGCUAAUAGACCUGCGAUUGAAGUUCGGCUGGUCCAGGUUCAACCCAUAUCUGACGGGAACUUAGCUGAUUCUGUCCAUUCAGAAGCUCCUGGUAAAGAAGCCGGUCAAAUAUCUUCAAAGCACUCAGGGAGACAGAGUAUACAUCCACCUCCUGCUUUUGGUUCUUCUCCAAACCUUGAAGCCCUGGCACUUGAAGCAAAUAAGAACGAAGAUCUAGAGGUGGAACACUCUGUACAUGCUGGUGAACAAUAUUCUCGGCCCAUGCAUGAAAUCACCUUCUCAACAGAAGACAAGCCAAAGCUCCUCAGUCAGUUAACUUCUUUGCUUUCUGAUAUUGGACUGAACAUUCAAGAGGCACAUGUUUUUUCCACAACCGAUGGUUACUCAUUAGAUGUGUUUGUUGUUGAUGGAUGGCCCUAUGAGGAAACAGAACAGCUUAAAGCAGUCUUGGAGAAAGAAAUUUUGUUGAUUGAGAGGCAGGCAUGGCCCAUUCAACAAUCAGUUUCUUCUGUUGGUGAGCCUGAUCAAGUUGUGAAAUGUGAACCUGAUCAUUUGACAAUACCUAAUGAUGGGACGGAUGUUUGGGAAAUAGAUCCUAAACAUUUAAAAUUUGGAAGUAAAAUUGCAUCGGGAUCAUAUGGUGAUCUAUUUAAAGGUACCUAUUGUAGUCAGGAAGUGGCGAUUAAAGUUCUCAAAGCUGAGCAUGUAAAUUCAGAUUUACAAAGGGAGUUUGGCCAGGAAGUCUUCAUCAUGAGAAAGGUUCGGCAUAAGAAUGUUGUGCAAUUUAUAGGAGCAUGUACCAAGCCCCCAUAUUUGUGCAUAGUAACAGAAUUUAUGUCUGGUGGAAGUGUGUAUGACUACUUACAUAAGCAAAAGGGUGUUUUUAAAUUUCCAUCCCUUCUCAAAGUAGCAAUUGAUGUUUCCAAGGGAAUGAAUUACUUGCACCAAAAUAACAUUAUCCACAGAGACUUGAAGGCUGCAAAUCUUUUGAUGGAUGAAAAUUGUGUGGUCAAGGUUGCUGAUUUUGGGGUUGCUAGAGUGAAAGCCCAAUCUGGAGUUAUGACGGCAGAAACUGGAACAUAUCGUUGGAUGGCUCCCGAGGUUAUAGAACACAAGCCAUAUGAUCACAAGGCUGAUAUAUUUAGUUUUGGAGUUGUUUUAUGGGAAUUGCUCACCGGAAAGCUUCCGUAUGAGAAUUUGACCCCCCUACAGGCAGCUAUAGGAGUGGUCCAAAAGGGUCUACGACCCAUCAUCCCAAAGAAUACCCAUCCAAAAUUUGUUGAGCUUCUUGAGAGAUGUUGGCAGCAAGAUCCAACACUACGACCUGAUUUCUCUGAAAUUAUAGACAUUCUGCGACAGUUGGCUAAAGAGGUCGGAGAUGGAGAGGAUCCACGCAAGGAAAAAUCUGGAGGAUUUUUCUCUGUCCUCAGACGAGGUCAUCACUGAAAAAAUAAAAUGGGAAUUGAUGCUAUUCAUAGGAUUUGAUCAGAAGGUUUAUUUCCUGAUUAUUUUUUAAUUGAUGUGUACAGUCUUCUCUUCACAGUAUCUUAUUGCUUGUGCCGUAGAUUAUUCCUCUCAACAGCAUAUGCGAAACCAAAUACGAAUUUUUUCUAUUUCUGCAACGGCAUUUGUAUUAUAAAAAGAGCCGAGGUGACGAUAUAAUAAUGGUAUACAUAUAUAAAAGAGAGUAAAAAAAUUGCAGUUAUUUUACUAU